UUGAAUUCGCAGUUUAAAGCAUAAGUUAAAUCAUCUAAUAGAUUUCGUUGAAAAAUGGGAUAUUGAUAUAAUCGCCCUCCAGGAGCCUUUUUCAGGGCAAACCAAAGUUAAAACGGCUCCUGAAAUUGAAGGAUAUCACUCCUAUACAAGUAAAAAAAGCAUAGGACUUCUCACAUACAUUAAAAAGGAUUUGCAACACAGUUUGCAGCGUAAGAUUGAAAACGAGAAUUUACGGUAUCAUCACUUUCACAUACAAACGAAAACAGGAUGCCUAUCAUUUCUUAAUGUAUACGUUCAUUGCAACAAAUUCAAGGCGAGCAAAUUCCCUACCCUAGACGACGGAGGUAUAAUAUGCAUGGGAGAUUUUAAUUCUAAACAUACUUACUUUAAAGAUAAACUUAACAAUGUUAAUGGGAAGCGAUUUAAAAAAUAUGUUAUAAAUAAUGAAUUAACUGUACAUGAUACAAAAGUUUUUGGAAAUGAAUAUGUGGGGGAUGGAGGCGAUAUUGACCAGGGCAGUGUUGACCAAGGUCACAAAGGUGUCGACUCGGAUGAAGAUGAAGACGUCGUCUCUGAUAAUAGUUCCGAUAAAGAAGACAACUUGGUCACUUCUAAUAAUACAGGUAGUUCCAACGAAGAUGAUGAUUCGGAGGUCAGCUCUGAUGGUAGUUCCAACGAAGAUGAUGAUUCGGGGGUCAGCUCUGAUAAUAAAAAAACCAAUACAGGUAUACAGAUUUCAACCCAUGAAGAUGGAGGGAGACUUGAUUAUGUAAUAAGUAAGAAUUUAGGAGGCGCCAGUAUAGAGUGCUAUCUUGUAAACAGGUUAGCAAGUGAUCACAAUGCAAUUUAUACUUUGUAUGAGAUAAGGCCUUAAAGGGUUAUAUAUCCAGCAGAUGUCAAUGACAACAAAUUUGAAUACUACAGCCCAACCAAAUCAUUCCAACCCUCCCCUAAAAAAAAAAAAACUUU